AUGCUCUGUCUUUCUUUUAUCAAUCGCUCUCUCUUUCUCUCGUUAUCUCUGUCUCUCUCUUUCUCUCGUUCUCUAUGCCUCUCUCUGUCUCUCUCCCUGACACUCUCUCUUUUUCUUUCGCCCUGUCUUUCUCUCGUUACCUCUGUCUCUCUCUCGCUCUCUCUGCCUCUCUCUUUCUCACGACUAUCUCUUUCUCUCGCUCUCUAUGUCUCUCUCUGUCUCUCUCACUAUCUCUCUCUUUCUCUCACUCUAUCUGUCUCUAACUACCUCUCUCUUUCUCACGACUCUCUCUUUCUCUCGCUCUCUCUGUCACUCUCUGUCUCUCUCUUUCUCACAACUUUCUCUUUCUCUCGCUCUCUCUGUCUCUCUCACUAUCUCUCUCUUUCUCUCGCCCUCUAUGUCACUCUCUGUCUCUCUCUUUCUCACGACUCUCUCUUUCUCUUGCUCUCUCUCACUAUCUCUCGCUCUCUCUGUCUCUCUUUCUCUUCGACUCUCUCUCGCCCUCUAUGUCACUCUAUGUCUCUCUCUUUCUCACGACUCUCUCUUUCUCUCGCUCACUCUGUCUUUCUCACUAUCUCUCUCUUUCUCUCGCUCUCUCUGUCUCUUAUUGCCUCUCUCUGUGUCUUUCUCUUUCUCACGAAUCUCUCUUUCACUCGCCCUCUAUGUCACUCUCUGCCUGUCUCUUUCUCACGACUCUCUCUUUCUCUCGCUCUCUCUGUCUCUCUCUUUCUCUCUCACUAUCUCUCUCUCGCUCUCUAUGUCUCUCACUGCCUCUCUCUGUGUCUCUCUAUUUCUCACGACUCUCUUUCUCUCGCUCUCUAUGUCUCUCUCUGUCUCUCUCACUAUCUCUCUCUUUCUCUCGCUCUCUCUGUCUCUCUCUUUCUCACGACUCUUGCGAAGUCCAAUUUCUAUCUAUCUAUCUAUCUAUCUAUCUAUCUAUCUAUCUAUCUAUCUAUCUAUCUAUCUAUCUCUCUCUCUCUCUCUCUCUCUCUAUAUAUAUAUAUAUAUAUAUAUAUAUAUAUAUAUAUAUAUAGUCAGAUCAUUUUAUCUAUCUAUUUAGUCGGAUCAUUUCUAUCUCAUUCAUCAUCUAUCUAUUCAUCUAUCUAUCUAUCUCAGUCUUUCAUACAUCAUCUAUCUAUCUCAGUCUUUUCACAUUCAUAUCUAUCUAUCUAUCUAUCUAUCUAUCUAUCUAUCUAUCUAUCUAUCUCAGUCUUUUCAUAUUUAUCUAGCUAUCUAGCUAUCUACUCGGAUCAUCUCUUUCUCUCUCUCUGUAUCCAUCUUUUCAUAUCUAUCUAUCUAUCUAUCUAUCUAUCUAUCUAUCUAUCUAUCUACUCGGAUCAUCUCUAUCUCUUCUUUUCUCUUACUUUCACUCCCUAUGACCCCCUCAGUACUAGUGACAUUCCCACCUUUCUUGGGUCUUUUCUCUCACUUUCACUCCCUGUGACUCCCUGA